GCCAAAGGGAAUUCUACCACGGAUUCAACCAUAGGCCUAGAUAACCUCGCUGCAACCGACGAACAGCCAAAUGUUGCUGGUCAUUCAAUGGAAGACGAAAACUACAUGGAUAAUGAAUCAUAUAAUCCAGAGGUACAACAACAUCAAAUUCCUAGUGUCAGCAACAAAGAAGCUUGUCCCAGCUGCACUGCUCUUUUAAAACAGAAUCGUAUUGCGAGGAAUCGAAUCGUCACUUUAAGGGUACUGUUAUCAAAACAAAGACUGAAAAAUCAAAAAUUGACAAGGAGAGUAAGGAAAACGAAGAGGUCACCUAAAAAGAGCGAUUCUACAAAAAUUAUGUUCGGUGAUCUUCCAAAUGAAGCUGAUAGUUCUGAGGAAAGUGAUAAUGAAUCAUUGGAGGAGCUUGAUUUUGAUUGUGAGGAUGAAGAUAUGUCAACUUAUGAACCAUCUGAUCAUUCAGACACAGAAAGCGAUGUAGAAAGUGACACUGAAGAGGCUUCUAGGUUCUUAGCUACAGAUGGAAACCUCCGGACAGAACCAAAAUUCAUCUCAUUUUUGGUUCAAAUCUUGUUGCUCUUCAAGUUCUGUCAUUUCUGCAAGAGUGACAACCCUAACAUUAAAGCAACUAAAUGUGGAACAAUGCUGAUUGUUCGGAGCCACUGUAUUAACCCAGCAUGUCUGAAAGAAGAUCUUUGGAGAAGUCAACCGAAAAUGACUGGAACUAACAUACCUGCCGGCAACUUCCUGCUCUGUAUGUCAACCUUGUUAGCUGGGGGCUCAAUCUCAAAAGUCAGACAGAUUUUCAAUCACAUGAAUCUUUGCACAAUCUCGUUCACAACUUUCUUCAAACACCAAAGGGAAAAAUUAUUUCCAGCUAUAUAUAUCCACUGGAAAGUAUAUCAGGCUGGUCUCCUUAGAGCACUCAAAGACGAAAGCAAUCCUGCUGUUCUAGCCGGAGAUGCCCGCCAUGACAGCAUGGGUCACAGUGCAAAAUAUGGCACUUAUUCGGUUUAUUCAUGCUCUCAGUCGGCUGUGAUACAUUUUGAUCUUGUGCAGAGAAAUCAAGCUGGUAGCAGCAGUGCUAUGGAAUUAUAUGGAUUCAAACUCUGUCUAGAGACUUUACUGAGAGAUGUCCCAAUUUCCAAAUUUGUCUCAGAUCGCCACAUAGGCAUAUCAAGCUUUAUACAAGAGAACCAUCCAGAAAUAAUUCAUCGUUAUGACAUCUGGCAUGUUGCAAAAAAAGUAAAUAAAAUGUUAACAAAACUUGGCAAAGAAAAGGGUUGUGAAGUCAUCAACGAGUGGAUACGAUCAUGUGUUAAUCAUGUGUAUUGGAGUGCCACAACAACCAUGGAUGGGAAUGGUGAUGUGAUACUUGCCAAGUACAAAGCCUUUUUAAGCCACAUACUAAAUAAGCACGAGAAUCUACCCGACCCAUUAUUCAGUAGUUGCAGUCAUGGUCCAGAUUUAACAAAGCGCAAAUGGUUGUUAAAAGAUUCUGAUGCAUACGAAAAAGUCUGCAAAGCCCUGACAAAGCCAGGAUUCCUAAAAGGCAUAAAGAAGCUUUCAAAUGAUGCGCAGACUAGCUGUUUGGAAGGUUUUCAUUCUGUAGUCAAUCAAUUUGCACCAAAGAUGAUUUGUUAUUCAUAUGUUGGAAUGUACUGCAGGCAUGCUCUAGCUGCAAUACAUUUCAAUUAUAAUGUCAACCGUGGUGUAAAAAGAAAGAAGAAUGGGUCUGUGCAGAUAAAAGUAGCCUACCCAAAAUUCAAAAAUGGUACCGCAACAGUACGUGAUGUUCCAGUGGCACAAAAUUUUGAUUAUGUGGAAGACAUUUAUCAGACCAUCCUUAAUGGCAUCAAGUCACCAACAAUGUUACAGGAUGCUAUAAAUGAGUUGAAGGAUCAAACACCUCCACCCAUGAACUCUACACUCGAGAAACAGCCACGAAUUCUAGCUGUUGAAAAGCAUACUGCAAGAAAAUCAUUAGUUGCUACUGAUGUACCACCAACAAUGCCAGUUAACCAAAUUGUACAAACUGCAACAAAGCAAAGAUCCAAGCCUCAAUGCUCUGUUUGUAAGCAUCCGAUGAAAGGACACAAGAAAGUCGACUGUCCAACCAAUAAAUAACAUUAAAAUUGUAUGGUUGAGAAAGGUA